GCAUGUCUUUGACUGCGCGUAGGCCUGGCUUUAAAUGUUUUCAUUCUAUUCGCAACCGAUAUCGCGCUCUUGUCGCCGCCGAUCGAAGGUAAAAGAAAAGAGGUACGAAGUCUAAACUGCGAAUGUAUAUAGCGUUACGAGCUCGAACUUAACUCGCACUUUGAAAGUGUGCUGAUUUUGCGGUGAUCAGGACUCAGGAGGAGCUUCCGUUACGCCUCGCGUGCCACUAGGCCCGCUGACCCACAUUCGCGAGACCGCUCGAGGAAGUGCGCGUAUGAAAUUCAGCAUUGUAUUUUUACACUACAUUAUUAUUGGACCGUGAUUAUUCAUCGCAGCGCUGCAUUGUGAUCUCGGGAACGAAGGAGCUUAGAUCUGACCAGGCACCUGUGUGGAUGUGCGAGUGUGUUUUUCAGUAGACUUUCACAUUGGCAGGCCCUCUUCUUCAAUGUCUUCCCAAUGCGUCAGGGUGUUUUUAAUCCCAGACUGAUCCAUGAGACGGCGUUAUCAUGAGUUCCAGAGACCGGGAUGAUGGCAGUGUUUUUGAUGGGCUGAUGGAUGAUGAUGAGAAAGAUAAGGCGAAACGAGUUUCGAGAAAUAAGUCAGAGAAGAAAAGGCGAGACCAGUUCAAUGUCCUCAUUAAAGAACUUGGCACCAUGUUGCCUGGAAUCACACGGAAGAUGGACAAAUCUACAAUAUUGCAGAAAAGCAUAGACUACCUGUGCAAGCAAAAAGAAAAUGCUGCACAAUCUGAGUCGAGUGAGAUCAAGCAGGAUUGGAAACCCCCAUUUCUUAGCAAUGAGGAGUUUACACAGCUGAUGCUAGAGGCGCUAGAUGGAUUUUUCCUUGUGAUGCUGACAGACGGCAACAUAAUUUACAUCUCGGAAGGCGUAACCUCUCUGCUUGAGCAUCUGCCUUCGGACCUGGUGGGUCAGAACCUUUUGAACUUUCUUCCAGUGGGGGAGCAUGAAGAAGUGUAUAAAGCGCUGGCCUCACACCCAGACAUUGAGAAACUCAACUCCGAUUACCACAAGUCCAAGAACCAGAUGGAGUUUUGUUGUCACAUCCUCAGAGGAUCUGUGGAUCCCACGAAACCUCCUGUAUAUGAAUAUGUCAAGUUUAUUGGCAACUUUAAGUCACUUGCCAACAUGCCUAAUGCAACCCGGAAUGGCCUUGAAGGGGUUUUGCAGCGUUCUUUGCAGCCGGCCUUCGAUGAUCCAGCCUGUUUUAUUGCUACUGUGAGGCUCGCCAAACCCCAAUUCAUCAAAGAGAUGUGCAUGGUGGAGGAGCCCUAUGAGGAAUUCACAUCUCGACACAGUCUGGAGUGGAAAUUCCUCCUAUUAGAUCACAGAGCACCACCUAUCAUUGGCUAUAUGCCGUUUGAGGUGUUGGGAACGUCAGGCUAUGACUAUUAUCAUGUAGACGACCUGCAUUCGCUGGCCAAAUGCCAUGAGCAUUUAAUGCAGUUUGGAAAAGGGAAAUCGUGCUAUUAUCGCUUUUUAACUAAAGGGCAGCAAUGGAUUUGGCUCCAGACUAACUACUACAUCACAUAUCACCAGUGGAAUUCACGACCAGAGUUCAUUGUGUGCACGCACACUGUUGUGAGUUAUGCCGAGGUGCGAGCGGAGCGGAGAAGAGAGAUGGGUAUAGAGGAGUCUCCCCCUGAACUGACUGGAGACAAGAUUUCUGGCCGUGAAUCGCAGUUGAACACCUCCAGUCUGAAGGAGGUGCUGGAGCGUUUCAGUAACAGCCGCACACCCUCCACCUCCUCAAGGAGCUCCCGCAAGUCCUCACACACUGCAGUCUCUGACAACACCUGCACAUCAACUCCCUCCAAGCUACAGACUGAUGUGAGCACUCCACCCCAGCCCGCUGUUGAUAUGACACCCCAACGUCGUUCCUCUUUUAGCACACAGUCCAUGAGUUCUCAGAACACCAAUCAAACUGGAUCUUCGGUCCAAAUCAGCCAACAUCAACAUCAACCACAGCAGCAGGUUCAAUCUACUGCCCUGUUCUCUACACAGUUGAAUGCGAUGCAGCACCUAAAGGAUCAACUGGAGCAGAGGACACGCAUGAUAGAGGCCAACAUUCAGAAACAGCAGGAGGAACUGAGACAGAUUCAUGAGCAGCUGCAGAAAGUGCAGGGUCCGGGCACUCAGAUGAUAUUGCAGCAGUCGGGUGGUGGACUCAGUGUACAGUUGCCUCAAGUUGGAGGAGCACAGACUAACAUUUUAGGGGUUGGGGCACAGACUGGAGUCAUAGCUAUACAGGGCCAAAAUGUGACGAGUACUGCACACAGUGGGACUGUUCCACAGCAACAGGCUCCUCGUUCCCUUCAGCAGAAUCUACAGGGUUCUUCUGUUACACAGCAUGGUCCUGUAUAUAAUACCAUGAUGAUCAGCCAGCCUGCCAAUGCCAAUGUUGUGCAGAUACCAAGCAAUUUGGCUUCAAAAAUCAAUCAGGGCAAUGCAAUAAACCGGUUUCCUUCUGGGCAGCAUUUGGUCACCAAGAUUGUGACAGCUCCAAUGGCGUGUAAUGCUGUCAUGGUACCCACAACUAUGUUUAUGGGUCAGGUGGUGACGGCUUACAGCCCGUUUCCACAGCAACAAGGUCAGACACAGACCAUAGCACUGCAGACUGCAGAACAACAGGCUCAAGCUACCUCAUUACAAACAAGUCAACAGCAGGGGGCGACGCAGCAGCCAACAAAACAUCAGCAACCAUUUUUACAGAACACGCGCCUUCUCCAUGGCAACCAGUCUACACAACUGAUCCUGCAGGCUUUCCCUAUUCAGCAGCAAGGCACAUUUACUCCAUCACAGCAGCAGCAGCAACUGAAACCACACACUCAAAAACAGCAGAAAACAACCCCCUCUCACCAGACUGACAGCACUAGUGCCCAGUCUCAGUAACAUAGAUAAACACAAAGGCCAAUCAGAUGGAGGAGCCUGCUCACAUCAUCUCUUAUGGAUGUUUAUUAGUGCUGAACUAAUUUGAAAAAACAACCCUUCCUGUCAGCAUCUUGAAUGCUUUUCAGACUAGGAACUCCCUCAACAUGGCAGCUGCGAGGAACACAACACCACCAGAUGGACGCUGUGGCAAACAUGCAGAAUGUCUCACCAGACCAACAGGUGGUUGCCAAACUCAUUAUUUAUUUCAACAACAGAAAGUAUAGGAUUGCUAGCCUUUGCAUCGUCUUUGCCAAACAGCAAACCUCGUUCUCAGGCUUUCAUUCUAAACAGCCCAAAGAACUGAGUCUAUCUGUACAGUCUCGUGUACCAUACAGUGUAAAUACACAACCGUAAAAGAACAAAGCAAGAUAUUGAAUAUUUUAUAUGCUGCAUGAAGUGUAAACUUUCAUUUGUACUUCCAGUUUUGUUUUUUAAAGUAUUACUUACAUUUUAACGGUUUUAUAUUAUGCAUAUAGUGAUGCUUUCUACUUUUAACCCUUCCCUUACAAUAGUCUCUUCACGUAUAGUUAGGGUUCAUAAUAGAUUGUCCUUGAGGGGUUUUUUUGAGGCACUAGAAUUGUUUUAGAUUUUUUUGGGGGGGAAAUUAUUAUACCCCAAGUCUCUGACAUACAGAAAAAGGCUCAGUUUCAGUUUAUUUCUAAUUAUCAGUUUAUUUCUAAAGACAUUUGAUGCAGAAGAAUCAAAUUGGACAUUGUUUAAGUGCC